UCACGGUGGGGACCUAAAUUGAGUGAGAUGUCUCUGGUUUUCCCGCGACCCAAUACCAGUGUGAUCGGCAAGAAGGACAAGCGACUCAUGGCUGAGGUGAACGCCUCCCCGCUCAAACACUUCGUCACCGCCAAGAAGAAGAUCAACGGCAUCUUUGAACAGCUGGGUGCCUACAUCAAAGAGAGUUCAGCCUUUCUAGAAGAAACCUACAGCAAUGAGGAACUGGAUCCUGUCACUACAGAGGAGCAGGUGGCGGAGGUGCGAGGAUACCUGUCCAAAGUGGCAGGGAUCGGGGAGGUCCUGUCCCGCAGACACAUGAAGGUGGUCUUCUUUGGCAGGACAAGUAACGGGAAGAGCUCCGUCAUUAACGCCAUGCUCUGGGACAAAGUGCUUCCGUCUGGAAUCGGACACACCACCAACUGCUUCCUACGAGUGGAAGGCACCGAUGGCAAUGAAGCUUUCCUGCUCACCGAGGGAUCGGAUGAAAGAAAGAGUGUUAAAACGGUGAACCAGUUGGCCCAUGCCUUACAUCAGGAUGAGGAUCUGGACGCAGGCAGUCUGGUGUGUGUCAUGUGGCCUAAAGCAAAGUGUGCACUGCUGCGUGAUGACCUGGUGCUUGUGGACAGCCCUGGCAUCGAUGUCACAACAGAGUUGGACAGCUGGAUCGACAACUUCUGCCUUGAUGCUGACGUUUUUGUGCUGGUGGCGAAUUCAGAGUCCACUUUAAUGCAAACAGAAAAGUCAUUCUUUCACAAAGUGAACGAGCGCCUCUCCAGCCCCAAUAUCUUCAUCCUGAACAACCGCUGGGAUGCCUCCGCCAACGAGCCCGAGUACAUGGAAGAGGUGAGACGGCAGCACAUGGACCGCUGCACUAGUUUUUUAGUGGAUGAGCUGCGGGUGGUGGAUCGCGCUCAGGCCAGCGACCGGAUCUUCUUCGUCUCUGCUAAAGAAGCUCUUCAGGCACGUGUCCAGAAAGCCCAGGGAAUGCCUGAAGCAGGUGGUGCUCUGGCUGAAGGUUUUCAAGCGAGAAUGUUUGAGUUUCAGAAUUUUGAAAGACGGUUUGAGGAGUGCAUCUCGCAGUCAGCAGUGAAGACUAAGUUCGAGCAGCACACGAUGAGGGCCAAGCAGAUUUCUGAAGCUCUGCGUCUGAUAAUGGACUCUGUGCACAUUGCAGCUCAAGAGCAGAGGAUUCAUUGUUUAGAGAUGAAAGAGGAGAGGGAGGACAGGCUGGAGUUCAUUGAUAAACAGCUGGAUCUGCUCACUCUGGACUGCAAGAGCAAAAUCAAGAAGAUCACAGAGGAGGUGGAGAAACAGGUGUCUAACUCUAUGGCAGAGGAGAUUCGGAGACUGGCUGUGCUCGUGGACGACUUCCACUUGGACUUUCAUCCUUCACAAGUGGUGCUCAAAGUGUACAAGAACGAGCUGCACAAGCAUAUAGAGGAUGGUCUCGGCAGGAAUAUGUCUGAGAGGUGCUCCAGUGCGAUAACUGCAGCGCUGCAAACCACACAGACUGAAAUGAUAGAGGGCCUGAAGCCCCUGCUGCCCAUCGGGAUCCGAGAGCAGGUGGAUAAGAUGGUGCCCAGACAGUGCUUUGCCCUCAGCUACGACCUCAACUGUGACAAACUCUGCAGCGACUUCCAGGAAGACAUCGGCUUCCACUUCUCCCUGGGCUGGACCAUGCUGGUCAACCGCUUCCUGGGUCCCAAAAACACACGCCGCGCUCUCAUGGGCUACAAUGACCAGGUUCCCAGGCCUCUGGCCAUCACUCCGGUCAGCACCAGCAUGCCUCCUUUUCCUCAAGGAUCCAUGACCCAGGAAGAGCUUAUGGUUUCCAUGGUAACAGGAUUGGCAUCACUAACCUCUCGGACAUCAAUGGGCAUUAUAGUCGUUGGCGGAGUGAUCUGGAAGGCAGUGGGCUGGAGGCUCAUCGCUCUGUCUGUGGGUCUCUAUGGGCUGCUGUAUGUGUAUGAGAGACUCACCUGGACCACAAGGGCCAAAGAGAGGGCUUUUAAAAGACAGUUUGUGGACUAUGCCAGCGAGAAGCUACAGCUCAUAGUCAGCUACACGGGAUCCAACUGCAGCCAUCAGGUUCAGCAGGAGCUGGCUGGCACCUUCUCUCAGCUCUGUCAACAGGUGGACGUGACCAGACAGCAGCUGGAGGACGAAAUUCGGGACUUGAACAGCAAGAUCGACCAGUUGGACGGCCUGCAGAGUAAAGCCAAGCUGCUCAGGUGAGAUGGAUUUGCUAUUGGCUGUUGA